GCGUGUUGUGGAACCUGGAGCUUUCUUACGACUUUCAUGAACCUCUAUUGUUACGAUCUCCUCAUCCUCCUUAUUGCUGCAACCGAACCAGCGCUCGCCUCUCCGUUUUCGUCGCUGGCUCGGUUUUGGCCGCGUUUCUCAGCUCAGAGUCUUGCAACAAAUUCAACCACAACUAACUCUACCACCCCAUCGGCCUUUAUUUGGCUUCCCCAGGACGAGUACUCGGGGAAAACCUUCUUCGAUCGCUUCGAAUUCUACACCGGGCCUGACCCGACACGAGGAACUGUGAAUUAUGUCAACUCGAGUGUCGCGUUCAACAAUAGUCUGGCGUACUUUGAAGCAGCCAACAACACUGUGGUCAUGAAAGGCGACGACACAACGUGGCUUCCAGAGGGCCAGAAUCGGUCCAGUGUGCGUAUUUCGAGCAUUGCUCAGUACAACACUGGCCUCUUCAUCUUGGACCUCAAUCAGGCUCCGUGGGGCUGCGGUGUUUGGCCCGCCUUCUGGACAGUCGGAGGCGGACAGUGGCCAUAUACUGGGGAAAUAGAUAUCAUCGAGGGAGUUCAUGAUAACGAGCAUAACCAAGUAACAUGGCAUACUGGGCCAGGAUGCACCCUUUCGCUGGAAUCGAAUUACACUGGAAGCGUUGUCACAGACAACAAGGGAGUGCCGAACCUCGAUUGCGACGGCAAUCUGAACGGAAAUGCCGGAUGUGGCAUCACAGAAUGGAGCAAGGCGUCAUAUGGACCUUUCUUCGCUGCCUCAGGCGGCGGGGUCUUCGCCAUGAAAUGGGACGAAACUGGAAUCGCAGUCUGGUCAUUCUAUCGCUCGGCCAUACCAGGGGACAUUACUAAAGGAGAUCCAAACCCUGCUAAUUGGGGGACGCCUGUGGCAUCGCUCGCUCCCGCAACCUGCGAUCCGAUUGCUUUCUUUGUAAACCACUCGAUUAUAUUUGACAUCACAUUCUGUGGUGACUGGGCAGGAAAUUCGUAUGCCACGUCUGGCUGUCCUGGCUCAUGUUCGACUAGGCUGAUGGAUCCUUCUAAUUUUGUGAACGCUUCAUGGAGCAUCAACUCGUUGAAGGUUUAUAAGAAGCAGAUCAUCAACGGGCGUAUUUCUGCUGCCCUCGCUAUCGAGCCGAAUUGGACAAUAUUGGGCGCAAUCGUGCUAUCGCUUGUACUUGGAUACUAA